AUGGGAUUCUGGUCAAGGGCACCUCCGGCGUUGACGCAUGAGUACCAAGAAUCGGUCGCGCACCGAGUACGAGAUAUCCUCACAGGCGAGAAUCAUACCUCACACAAGCAUGCGAUCCGAGACAAACAGGCGUUGAAGGCAUUGCAGCGCCCUGAGGCACUGGCGGGAGUUAUUGAGAUCUUGAAGAGUAUGCCGGAUCCGGAUCAAGAAUGCGCCGAGGGGUGGGAGGUUGAUGAGGGUGUGGAGGUUGAAUCUGAGGAUGAGGAGGGAGAUAUUAAGGUCGCUGCUGCUGAGAAGGGGGGGAAGGAGAGGAAGGAGAAGAAUGUGAAGCAUGCUGCCGCUGUCACGACUGCUGCCGCUGUUGCUGUGACAGCAGCAGUCGUCGCUGCUAAGGCAUCAUCCAGUCCAAGUUCAGGAUCUGCAUCUGCAUCAGGAGCAGGGGCGAGCACGACCGCAUUGUCGUCAGCAGCACCGAAGGGGACGACGAUCAUCGCUGCAACGACGAUUGCAGCGGCAGCAGCGACAUCUGCAGUGGCUGCUACAUUGGCCGUGACACUGAGAGGACCCCGUAAGGGCAAAAAGGGCGGUGAUGGGAGGAGUAAGGUUGUGGAGAACGGGGAUAGUUCGGUGACGACGACGACGACCAACACCGUGGUGCGGUUCCAUCCUUCGAAGGAUACCGUUUCUAGCCAAGCGUACUGGUGGGGAUACGAAGUCUUUAUCCCACAAGAAGCCCUCUCCCGAAUCUCAUCCGCCCAAGACGUCUCCUCCGCAUUUCUGGGGUUCUUGGGCUCUGUCGGUCUUGUCGUCCCUGCGAUUGUCCCGUUCUUGGGUUACAUUGCUGCGUAUGUGGGACUUGAGUUUGCGGUGAUCAAGGCACAGAAUGAGGGGAAGGGGGUUAUCUUGGCGAGCACCUGGUUGGUCCCAGUUGCGCUUGUUCCUAGAGCGUGGGAUGUCCCUGAAGAGGAGGGUGUUGAUGGUGCCAGUGGGAGUGCCUAG